ACAGAGGUGUGCGCAGAGAGAGAGGAAUAGAGAGGGAGAGAGAGAGAGCAGCAGGAACCACGAGCUGCAGAGUUUCCUCGGAGGCCUUCGUCUAUAAAUACACAACCCAGCGACACCUGUCUCCUCACAAACACACAACAAGACGACACAUCGGAGCCUUCGGCCAGUUCACAACAGCGAGUGCAGACAAGCGAUGUGUGCACGGAGCCGCAGGACACAACACAACAGCAGCAGCAGGCGGAGCAGCAGCAGACUGGUGACAACAGAACACAACACAACCAAGCUCUGUCAACACGACAGCCUUUUUCCACACGACCCAAGCGUGUGUUCCUGGAUGAGCGGCUAUCUGUCCGAGAGCCCGUGAGCCGCACACAUGGCCCAGCGCGUGCACGAGCACCAGAGCCGCGUGCCCGCGCCCCAGAACACGGUGCUGGCUCUGCCACCUUCCAGCCAGGCAAAGGACCUGAGGCCCACAUUCACAGCUCUGGACUCCCUGGUGUGUGGUGCGUUCGCUGGAGCGGUGGCCAAAACCGUCAUUGCACCGCUGGAUCGGACUAAGAUCAUCUUCCAGGUGUCCUCCAAAAGAUUCUCUAUUAAGGAGGCCUUCAGGCUCAUAUACUGUUCAUACAUGAAGGAUGGGCUGCUCAGUCUGUGGAGGGGAAACUCUGCCACCAUGGUGCGGGUCAUGCCCUACGCUGCCAUCCAGUUCUGCUCCCAUGAUCACUACAAACAAAAGCUGGGAAACUACUACGGUUACCAGGGAAAGGCUCUGCCUCCUUUCUCACGUUUCCUGGCUGGCUCUCUGGCCGGAACGACUGCCACCAUGCUCACCUACCCCUUGGACAUGGUGCGAGCCAGGAUGGCCGUCACAGCCAAAGAAAUGUACUGCAACAUCAUGCACGUUUUUGUGCGCAUUUCCCAAGAGGAGGGUGUGAAGACCCUUUACAGAGGUUUCACCCCCACUAUUCUGGGCGUCAUCCCAUACGCAGGAAUCACAUUCUUUACAUACGAGACUCUCAAGAAGCUCCACACAGAACGAACAAAGCGAUCCCAACCUUACUCGUAUGAGCGCUUGGCCUUUGGUGCCUGCGCAGGCCUGAUUGGACAGUCUGCCUCGUACCCUCUGGACGUGGUGCGCAGGCGCAUGCAGACGGCCGGCGUUACCGGCUCAUCCUACGGCACAAUUCUGGGGACCAUGCGUGCGAUCGUUACACAGGAGGGAGUAAUACGAGGACUAUACAAAGGCCUGAGCAUGAACUGGAUUAAAGGGCCCAUAGCCGUGGGGAUCAGCUUCACCACGUUUGACAUCACACACAACAUUCUGCUCAAAUUCCAUCAGACGGACUACUUCACCCACUGAAUUAGUUGCCAGUGCCCGAGGGGAAGCACCAAGCACAGAUAAGACUGGCAUGACGGAGGUUGUCAAGUAUGUCACCUGGCAAUAAUAAGUGUCAGCAGCCAGUGCAGGGCCGUCCUGCUGCACACUCCUGUCCACGUCACACAAGGGGGCUGAGGAGUGUGGGUUAGGAGAUCUAGUGCGCACAGAAACACGGCAUCUCAAGCUUUGAUAAACGCACAGUCAGCUGAGUGAGGAUGGUCGUCAUAUAUUCAUUCACAUAAUCACAACCUUGUUAUAAAUUGCGGUAAGAUGGAGGUUACUAAAGUGAUUGACCGUGGAUAACGACUGUUUUGUUUUUCAUGGCUUAAUGAGGAAGACUGUUUGUGCAUUGAUAAGUUACGCUCGCACUUUAUAAAAACUGAAAGGUUCUUUCAGCCUAAUCUAUCAACUGAGGGAACACUGUUUUUAAUCAGUUCUUUUGCUCUGAUUUUUUUUUUUUUUUUAUAACAUUGAUUAUUUUUUUAUUUAUCCUUUCCAAUAACCUGACCAUGCCAGGGUGUAUUAUUUGUGCCUGGUAACAAAAGGGUGAUUAUACAAUGUUUUGUUUUACGUUUUUAAGUUAAAAUUUUAUGAUUGUGCCUAUGUGGAAUUGAUUUAUGGAACAAAUGAUGUCGUAGGGAGAUCAUGUCUGCACGGCUGCACAGUUUCACUGUCCACCCAGCACUGAGUGUGGUAAAGUAUUAUAAAGUCUACUCAAUGGAGAUUAAUCAAAUAUGAAAAAUAAAUCUAUAUAUCACAGAAAUUGAUUUAUAUAAAUUAUGUAAAUAUUUCCUUUUUGUGCUGUGCUUACACUGUUGUGCAAAGUCUAUCAUUGCUUUGACUGGAUUGUUAUUAGGCACCAUUUACCUAAAGCAACUAAAUAUACCAAAGCACAUAACACAGUCGUGAAUGUAAUGUUAUGUAAAGGUUAAUCAUACUAUAACUACUAAUGUACUUAUAGUACUUCUACAGAUGUUUACAGUUGUCUCAAGCUUAAAUGGCUGUGCAAUAAAGUGUC